AUGCCCCUGGAGAGAACAAUCUCUCUGGGCAAAGGCAGAGGGAGGGAGCUCCGCAGGGAAACGUGCUCCACAUUUGCCCUGGAGAGUGCUUCUAUCCAGCACGAUGAGAUCUGCCCCACCAAAUCCAUGAAGUUAUUGAUCCCCGAUACUCAGACAAGCCACGACCUCAUCAGUGUUGGUGACGGAUCCAUUCUGAAGAACGUCCCUUGCAAGCCCCUACUUGUUCCUCAGCAGGGGGAUGCAGACGCGGCGCUGCUGCAAGGCGUGCUGAUGCGGACCGAGGGGGAGCCCAACGCCUCGGAUGUGGUGAAUUAUGCUCCCUUCACGCUGCUCCCCUCUGCAGUACCAAGUGCCUUGUUUCAACAAGCAUACGCCGUUCAGCAAGAUUUUAACCUGCUGGUGGAUGCUAUUAGCCAAAACAAAGAAUUCCUGGAGCAUACUCUGGCCAGCACCAUCAAGGUAGAUGACUUCACAGCUCGGCUCUUCAGCAUCUACAUGCAAGUUUUGGAGGAAGGCUUGGCUCAGUCUGUGUUUUUAGGCAUAAACCGCUCUGAUUACAUGUUUGACUGUGGGGUGGAUGGGACACCGUCUCUGAAGCAGAUAGAAAUAAACACCAUUGCUGCCAGCUUCGGAGGCCUCACCUCCCGCACUGCGGCAGUCCACGGGCAGGUAUUGAAAGUGCUGGGAAAGUCUGAGGAGGCAUCGCGCCUGCUGCCCAACAACCCUUCAAAAGGGCUUGCCUUGGGUAUUGCGAAAGCCUGGGAGCUCUACGGUUCGCAAAGUGCUGUGGUGAUGUUUCUGGUGGAGGAAGUCCAAAGGAACAUUUUUGAUCAGCGAUGUGUAGAAAAUGAGCUUUGGAACAGGAAUAUUCGGGUCAUCAGGAAGCGAUUCAGAGAUGUGUUUGAAAAGGGGUCUUUGGAUGAUGCCAAGAGGCUGUAUAUGGACGGCCAGGAGGUAGCGGUGGUGUACUACAGAGAGGGCUACGUGCCAAAGAACUACGACCAGCAGAACUGGGAGGCACGGUUGUUGCUGGAGAGAUCGAGGGCAGUGAAGUGCCCUGACAUUGCUACCCAGCUCGCAGGCACCAAGAAGGUCCAGCAGGAGCUGAGCCGGCCUGGAACACUGGAGGGAUUGCUGCCCGGCCGUGCCGAGGCUGUUGCUCGAAUGAGAGCAACAUUUGCUGGACUCUAUUCCCUGGACCUGGGCGAAGAGGGUGACAAGAUAGCUGCUAUGGCUAUUGCUGACCCUGACCGGUUUGUGCUGAAGCCGCAGCGAGAAGGUGGAGGGAACAACCUCUAUGGUGAAGAGCUCAGGCAGGUUCUAGAGAAGAUCAGAGACAGCCCUGAGAGAACCUCCUACAUCUUGAUGGAUAAGAUCAAACCACAGCCAGCAAAGAAUUACUUGCUAAGGGCCCACAGUCCCCUACAAGUGUCCGAGUGCAUCUCGGAACUCGGUAUUUUUGGUGUCUAUGUCAGACAGGGCAAGGAGAUGGUGAUGAACGAGGCCGCCGGCCACCUCUUGCGGACAAAGGCGAUCGAGCACGCAGACGGUGGGGUAGCAGCUGGGGUGGCGGUGCUGGACACUCCUUACUUGGUGUGA